AUGAAUUCCAGUCUACAAAAGCCACAAAGAACCCACACAGGGAAGAAGACUUUUCAAUGCUCAGUGUGUGGAAAGACAUUCAGUGCGAGUUCCACUCUUCAGCAGCAUCUAAGAACCCACACAGGAGAGAAACCUUUUGAAUGCUCAGAAUGUGGGAAGAGAUUUAGUGGGAGUUCCAGUCUUCAGUAUCAUCAGAGAACCCACACAGGGGAGAAACCUUUUGAAUGCUCAGAGUGUGGGAAGAGAUUUAGUGGGAGUUCCAUUCUUCAGUAUCAUCAGAGAACCCACACAGGGGAGAAACCUUUUGUAUGCUCAGAGUGCGGAAAGAGAUUUAGUCGAGCUAGCCAUCUUCAACGGCAUCAAAGAACUCACACAGGGGAAAAACCAUUUGAAUGCUCAGAGUGUGGACAGAGAUUUAGUGAGAGUGACAGUCUUCAGAAGCAUUUUAGAACCCACACAGGGGAGAAACCUUUUGAAUGCUCAGAGUGUGGAAAGAGAUUCUGUUCAAAUCGCAGUCUUCAACAGCAUCAGAGAACCCACACAGGGGAGAAACCUUUUGAAUGCUCGGAGUGUAGAAAGAGAUUCAGUCUAAGUGGCAGUCUUCAGAAGCAUUUAAGAACCCACACAGGGGAGAAACCUUUUGAAUGCUCAGAGUGUGGGAAGAGAUUUAGUGAGAAUACCAGUCUUCAGUAUCAUCGUAGAACCCACACAGGGGAGAAACCUUUUGAAUGCUCAGAGUGUGGAAAGAGAUUUAGUGGCAGUGGAUGUCUUCAAUGGCAUCAAAGAACUCACACAGGUGUGAAACCAUUUGAAUGCUCAGAGUGUGGACAGAGAUUUAGUACGAGGGGGACUUUUCAAAAGCAUCAGAGAAUCCACACAGGGGAGAAACCUUUUGAAUGCUCAGAGUGUGGAAUGAGAUUCAGUUGGAGUGGCAGUCUUCAACAGCAUCAGAGAACCCACACAGGGGAGAAACCUUUUGAAUGCUCAGAGUGUGGAAAGAGAUUCAGUCAAAGUGGCAGUCUUCAGAAGCAUUUAAGAACCCACACAGGGGAGAAACCUUUGGAAUGCUCAGAGUGUGGAAAGAGAUUCAGUCGGCGUAGUGAACUUCAGUGUCAUCAUCGAACCCACAUCGGGGAGAAGCCUUUUGAAUGCUGA